AUGAAAGGCAGACAUCAGUUCCGUCGCCGAUUUAGUUUACAGCCUUCUUUUUUGAAAGAAGAACCCGAAGAAGAUAAAAGACCACCGAGUUUACGGAAUGAUUUCAAGCUUUCUAACAUUACAUCCAGCAGCGGCAACCUCACCAAUAAUGCAGUACGACACAAAAUAGUCGUCCUCGGCGCUGCCAAAGUUGGAAAAUCAUCCCUCAUAUCACAGUUCCUGUACAAUACAUUUUCUCCAAAAUACAAGCGAACUAUCGAAGAAAUGCAUCAUGGUGACUUCAACGUGGCCGGCGUGAGAUUAACAUUAGAUAUUUUGGAUACAUCAGGCGCUUACGAAUUUCCAGCGAUGAGAGCGCUGUCCAUGCAGUCGGCAGACGCAUUUAUAUUAGUUUACGAUAUAACAGAUGCAAAUAGUUUCGUUGAAGUUCGGGCGCUGAGGGAUCAAAUUCAUGAAACUAAGGAAAGCACAGCAGUUCCAAUAGUGGUUGUCGGCAACAAAGUGGAUUUGGCUGAGUCUGGAGAGAGGCAGGUGGAGUUCCAUACAACCGAAUCAGUUGUAACGGUCGACUGGGAGAACGGAUUUGUGGAGGCAUCAGCGAAAGAUAACAUUAACGUGUCUCAGAUCUUCAAGGAACUGCUGGUGCAAGCGAAAGUGAAGUAUAAUCUGUCUCCAGCUCUUCGGCGACGGCGACGUCAAUCAUUGCCGACAGGUCCUCAAGGACCCCCUGGUUCUGCCCCGACUCCUUCACCAUCCAAUCAACCUCACGUACCAUCGCCAGCGCAACUCGCACACCUACAACAGAUUAGGGAAAGACACGCUAAUAGCAAACGCAAUUCUUGCACUAUCUCCUAA